CCUCCCUCUCUCUGUCUCUCUUCCUUCGUUCUACCACCAAACACGUACACAUAAUAAUACAUAGAUCAAGACAACAUGCCUGUCGAUACUUCAUCACUUCCAUGCCAAGGCCAAACUGUCUGUGUCACCGGGGCUGGUGGCUUCAUUGCUUCAUGGAUUGUUAAACUUCUUCUAGAGAAAGGUUACUCUGUUAAAGGAACUGUGAGGAACCCAGCUGAUCCCAAGAAUUCUCAUUUGAGGGAGCUUGAAGGAGCUCAAGAAAGAUUAACUUUAUGCAAGGCUGAUCUCCUUGAUUAUGAGUCUCUUAAAGAGGCUAUUCAAGGGUGUGAUGGAGUUUUCCAUACUGCUUCUCCUCUCACAGACGAUCCAGAGCAAAUGCUGGAGCCAGCAGUGAAUGGAGCCAAGAAUGUGAUCAUGGCAGCAUCUGAGGCCAAAGUCCGACGAGUAGUUUUCACGUCUUCAAUUGGUACUGUGUACAUGGACCCCAAUAGGAGCCCUGAUGUUGUCGUUGAUGAAUCUUGCUGGAGUGAUCUUGAGUUCUGCAAGAACACCAAGAAUUGGUAUUGCUAUGGAAAGACUGUGGCAGAACAGGAUGCAUGGGACGUGGCUAAGAAGAAAGGAGUUGACCUAGUGGUGGUGAACCCAGUGCUGGUGCUUGGACCAUUGUUGCAACCCACUGUCAAUGCUAGCAUCGUUCACAUCCUCAAGUACCUGAACGGCUCAGCCAAGACAUAUGCUAACUCUGUUCAAGCUUAUGUGCAUGUGAGGGAUGUGGCCCUAGCCCACAUUUUAGUCUUCGAGACACCUUCCGCCUCCGGCCGUUACAUUUGCGCUGAGAGAAUGCUCCACCGUGGAGAGGUGGUGGAAAUCCUUGCAAAGUUCUUCCCAGAGUAUCCCAUCCCCACCAAGUAA